AUGGCUGUUUGCUGGAGCCAAAUAACUGUGGACAAGGUGGAUUGACAACCAUGUCCUGACGUAUCCUCGUGGUUGACGCAGAUUGUCUGAUACCCUACAUAGAUCUGAUGGCCAUUUCUUGGAACUACCAGGUCCAGAAGUAUUUUUUACAUGCUAGGACCAGAAUGCUCAGGUUCAGGAUACACUGGCUCAAAUUUAGAAUUUUAGUCUGAUGUACAUAUUUUCCUGUUUUCGACCUUCUUAAAAAGGCAGUGCAAAAGGUGACAGUGGAAGACCGUGUCGACUCUAAUUCCUAUGAUGAAGAAGAUGAUUAUGGAACCUCCAAGGGAAAUUCCUGUACGUCCAGACCUAUUACAAGGCCCCAUGACACACCAGGAUCCUCAAGUUCUGGUGUUGAUGCGGGAGUCCAUAUUAGUAUAGGCAUCCCUGAGACGGUCAUGGAGAUCCUCUUACAAUCCUAUCCAGGCUUUACUAAGCUUGACAUGCUUUUGUCUGUUGGAGUUACUCCUCGUUCAGGCCUUGAAAAGUUCUGUGUUAUAACACUCUAG